UCGGGAGCCGCUGCUGAAGUAAUGCGUUCUUGCUAUGUCGGACUCCCGCGAGUCGGACGGCCCCUCAGACCCGGGUCCCCGGGGCCGCAGACGAGCCUGGGCUGAACUGCUGGCGGGAAGAGUCAGGAGGCAGAAGUUGGAUCCUGAGAGGGAACAGAAGUUACAGGAAUCAGCCCUGAGCCUCCUGAGAAGCCAUCUGAACUUGAAUCACCUUUUGCUUGAGGUAGAAGGUCCACCACGUAAACAAUUGUGUCUCAACCAAUUGAUUGAUGGUGAGGCUUGCGCUGAUCUUUCUAGUUCAUUCAUCGGCUCUGCUUUGCGGGAUCAAGCCUCGCGGCUGGGGGUUCCAGUGGCAGUGCUGUCCAGCCAGAUGGUCGCCUCUAGCCUUGUGCAGAUCUGUGAGGCAGGUGCAGAGACCUCCCAGGGAGUGCUGUUGGACUCAGAGCAAAGAAAUAAACUAUCUUCCUUGCUAGAGGUCACUCGAUAUUUAUUAACACACAGUAUGUUCUCCCGUCUGUCCUUCUGUCAAGAAUUAUGGAAAGUACAGGAUUCCUUGCUGCUUGAAGCUGUGUGGCAUCUUCAUACAGAAAACAUUGUGAGCCUCCAAGAGCUGCUGGAAAGCCACGCCGACGUGCAGGCCAUGGUGGCAUGGCUGUCCAGGAGCCUCCAGUGUCUGUGUGAGCAGAGUGAGCAAACAGAAGCAUCCGGUCAGCAUGCCGACACCGCCAGGGCUGUGCUUUCUGAUUUUGUGCAAAUGUUUGUUUUGAGGGGAUUUCAGGAGAACUCGGGUCUGAGAAGAAAUGUGGAACCUGAACGGACGCCCCAGAUCGCUGUGGCCGUGCUUCAGAGAAUGCUGGCUUUCGCACUGGAAGCCUUGGCUGCUGGCGUGCAGGAAGAGUCCUCAGUGCACAAUGCAGUGAAGUGUUGGUUCAGCGUGUUCAGUGGACGCACGUACCGCAGUAUGAUCCCGACAGACUGUCCAAAGAGGUUUGUCAGGCACAGUCUGACUCAGAUACUCACCCACAAGCCUGUGCUGAAAGUUUCUGAUGCUGUUCAAAGGCAAAAAGAGUGGAGCUUUGCGAGGACCCACCCCCUGCUGACCAGCCUAUACCGCAGGCUCUUCAUAAUUCUGAGUCCAGAGGAGCUGGUUGGCCAUUUACAAGAUGUUCUGGAAACACACGAGGUGAACUGGCAGCACGUGCUCUCCUGCGUGUCUGCACUGGUGACCUGCUUCCAGGAAGCACAGCAGCUGGUAAUCGACUGGGCAGCCCGUCUGCUGGCCCGAGCCUUUGAGAGCUUCGACCUGGACAGCAUGGUCACCGUGUUCCUGGUUGUGCGUCAGGCUGCUCUGGAGGGCCCCUCCGUGUUCCUGUCCUACGCAGACUGGUUCCAGGCCUCUUUCGGGAGCGCAAGGGGCCCCCACAGCUGCAGCAAAAAGUCGCUGGUCUUCUUCUUCAAGUUCCUGUCAGACCUCGUGCCCUUUGAGGCCCCCCGCUACCUGCAGGUGCACAUUCUCCACCCCCCACUCAUCCCCAGCAAGUACCGCUCCCUCCUCACGGACUACGUCUCGCUGGCCAGGACACGGCUGGCCGACCUGAAGUUUCCUAUAGAAAACCUGGGGCUCUAUGAGGACUUGUCUGCAGCCGGGAACGUCACGGAGCCCCACAGCCAGGCGUCCCAGGAUGUUGAGAAGGCUGUCACGGUGUUUGAACACACAGGAAGGAUUCCUGUCGCCGUUAUGGAGGCCAGCAUAUUCAGGAGGUCCUACUAUGUGGCCCACUUCCUCCCUGCCCUGCUCACACCACGAGUGCUCCCAAAACACCCUGAUAGCCGAGCAGCGUUUAUAGAGUCCCUGAAGAGAGCGGAUAAAAUUCCUUCGUCGCUGUACUCCACCUACCGCCAAGCCUGUUCCAUGGCUGAAGAAAAGAAGCCAACAAAUGCAGCCCAGGGAAUGAAGGUGGACCCUGGCUGUGCUGAAGGAAGGCUGGGACUGCUCACAGCCGCACUGCAAGAGCUCAGGGCCGCCUUGACAGACCCUGCCCAGUAUGACGACGUAUCUGCUCAGGUUGCUGUGGUUUCUGAAAGACUCAGCUCCGCCUUGGGCCUAAGCGAGGACGACAGCAUCUGUGAGGCUUCGAAGAUCCAGCUCAGCGUCUGCUCUCCAGAACUGGAGCAGCGGGAACAGAAGGUUGUGGAUCUCCUGCUGACGUCUUUCUGUCAGAACCUAAUGGUAGCCUCCAGCUUUGCCCCACCAGACAGGCAGGGCUCCUGGGCCACCCGCUUUGUGACGGCCACAUGUGCUCGCACGCUCCUUCCUGCUGUACUCACCAGGCUGUGCCAACUGCUGCGUUACCAGGGCCCCAGCCUUGGUGCGGCGCACGUGCUGGGGUUGGCUGCCCUGGCUGUCCACCUCAGCAAGGCCCGGCCUGCGCUCCCGGAGGUGCUCGUAGGCCCCCCUUUCCUAGCCGGGGGCCUGUCCAUCCCCGAGUUCUUCAGCAGCCUCCUGCCAUGUGGGAACCGGGAGUCCCUGCUCUUCUGCCUCAGAUUUUGUACAGCAGCAAUUUCUUACUCUCUGUGUAAGUUUUCUUGUCAGUCUCGUGAUGCUAUGUACAGCUGUUUAUCUCCAUGCCUUAUGAAAAAGUUCCAGUUCGUUGUGCUCAGGCUGUUCUCCGAAGCCCGAGACCCCCUCUCUCGGGAGGACGCAGCCAGCCUUCCCUGGAGGCCCCUGUACCUGUCCCCCACAGACUGGCAGCGAGCCGCCCUUUGUCUGUGGAGACACACAACCUUCCUGGAAUUGUCGAAGGAGAAGGAAUUUCAUUUAACUUACAGAGACUGGUUACAGCUGGAGCUAGAAAUUCAACCUGAGGUGGAUUCUCUUUCAGACACAGAAAGGCGGGACUUCCAACAGUGGGCCAUCUAUGAGCAUUUCCUCCCCGAGCCGCGCACCACCGGUGGCUGUGACGGAGACCUGGGAGUGGCGUUCACUGGCAUUGUCGACACGCUGCUGGACUUCUGCCACAGUUCAAGGAGUUACGAGCACUCAGAGAAUUCUGAUUUGGUUCUCGGUGGCUGCGUGGGAAAUCGGGAUAUUUUUUCCAGAUUGCAGGAGAUGGCAGUCGACCUGGAGCAGGGCCCAACAGCACCCCAUGGCCGCCCUCCCUCUGGAGGGCACCUCCUUUUUGGGGUCUUCUGCAGACGGCUCCAGGCUCUGGCAAGCGGGUGGGACGUGGCCUCCCGUCUCCAGAGACAACGGGAGCUACUCACGUACAAACGGAUCCUGCUCGUCCUGCCUCCGUCUGUUCUCAUCGGCAGCCCCCGGGUGGAACAGCCGACCGCCCCCGACUGCAAUGAGUUUUUCCACUUGGUCAACUCUGAGCUGAGAAACUCGUGCUUCCACGGAGGCGCCCUGACCCAUGACAUCACCGUCCACUUCUUCCGGGGGCUCCUCAGUGCCUGCUCGCGAAGCACAGACCCCUCCCUGGCGGCCGACCUGGCCCUGAGCACGUGCCAGACCCAGUGCCCCUUGCUUCUGACCUCUGCUCUGUUGUGGUGGCCACGCCUGGAGCCUGAGCUCCACUGUCGCUGGAGGAGCUUCCCGGGCCCAUCUCCCCGAGGGCUGCAGAUGCUGCGAGAGGCUCAGCAGUUUGCCAGGAGCUUCAUUUCCCCUGACGUCACGCCCCCUGCACCCGGCCUGGCCUGGGUGUCUGCUGCUGCGCUGUACUUCACCGUUCAACGAGCCGGGACCGAAAGCAGAGGCCUGGAGGAGCUGGGCAGCCUGAGGGAGGAGGUAUUGGUUUUCCUGUUUUUCUUUUCCCUGAUGGGCCUCGUGUCUUCACAUCUGACCCCACACGCUGUGGACGCCCCGCGGGCCUUAGAUCUUUGUGCCAAAGUCCUGGGCUGCCUGCAGAAGAGGACAGCGUCCUGGCUGCAGCUCUUCCAGUUAACAGAGACGGAUGCUGGCCUAGGAUGCGUCCUCCUCCGCCUGGUCCCCGACCAGCUCAUCAGCCUGCUGCCGGUGGCCUUCUACAGACUCCUCCCCUACUUCGAUGGAGAUGCCCUCAUCCGGGAGGACGCCUUCCUGCAUGUCGCUGUGGACCUGUACCUGCAGCUGCUGCGCCUCUUCGUGGCUGGGGACACGAGUGCGCUAUCAGUGCUGGCUGACAGGAGCCAGGAGCUACAGGGCCAGGAUGACCCUGUGGGCCUGGUAACAAAAGCCCGUCUUUUUCUGCUGCAGUCGAUACCUCGGUGCCCGAGAAAGAGCCUCUCCAACAUGGCAGAGCUGCUGGCCACUCAUGGGGACCGUGACCCAGAAUUGAGAGCCACCCUCCUGCGGGCAGCAGGCUACGCCUGACUGGCCUCUCCCAGGAGACCCGCCUCCUGUGACUCGGCGCCUGCGCAGUGCACAGCCUGCUCCUCU